AUGCCAGCCUUCUCGAGAUCGACCAAGACGGCCGCGGCGACGGCUACGUCCACAUCAGCUGCUCCGCCAAAAGCACAGCGCCCCGCCAAGCCCAAGCCAGGCACUACGCCAUCACAAGCCGAGCUGAAAGACGACUCGAGCUCUGCUGCCGAUUUGACGCGCCAGUCACUUUACGUCCUCCAUCAGUUCCUUUCCUAUGCUGACCCAAAGGCAGCUGACCUUUUGCCUCUUGGCAACCAUGACGAUUCAUCAUCCAUGCAUGCUCCACUCGACCAGGUCGAGCCAGAGAUCCCAAUACCCGAAUGGAACGUUCUCUAUACCACCACAUCCCCGCCAGCCACGCCGGGCGGAUUUGCAUCUUCAAUCACCGUUCGUUCUCAUCCAGACCCCAAUCGAUACCUCUUCAGCGUUCAGUCCACUCUCCCAGGCGUCACCGCCAGACAGUUCUGGUCGCUCAUGGCCAGUGCAGAGAACCGCAAACUGUGGGAUUCCACUGUCGAGUACGGAGCCGUUCAGCGUUGGCUUUCGACUCAGUCGAAAUCCGAUCCCAAAGAGACAUUUGCAAACAACACUCUGUCAGAGACAGCUCGAGCCGUAGCUGCUCGUGUCGAGCUGCUCCGCUUCGGAAGCAUCUUUAUGGUUGCCAAAGCCAGAGACAUGGUCCUUUUAAGCGUCGACGCUCGUCUCCCUUCUACGCCAUCGCCCUCAGCCUCAAGCGGUCCGCUCCGACUCGUCUCGACUUCACAGAGUAUCGUGGAUCCUAGCCUGCCUCCACGCAAAGGGUACACCCGCUUCGAGCUCAGAACGGGCGGCUUCAUGGUCGAAGAUCUGGGCGACGACGGCGGUCCAGACCACUUUGAUCACUCCAACGCUUCUGACUUGGGUAAGAGUCCUUCUUCGGCCUCUUCGACCAAGGGCUCACAUCUCCGCAAAGGUCUUUUUGCCCUUGGCCGUCGUGCAAGGCCGAAUUCUUCGAGCAGCUCGGGCAGCAGACAUCUCCAACAAGCGUUGGAUUUCAACGAUCCUUCUCCGGCUUACGUGCCCAUUCGCGACCCGCGAGGUCCCGCGAUUCGCAUCACCCAAGUCUCUGAUCUCGGAGAGAUGGCCGCUUGGGUGCCUGCCUCGGUCAUCAAGAUGGUCGCCUCCACACUAGUGCCCAGGAGUAUCGCGUCUGUUGCAAAGGUCGCAAAAUCCAUGCAGGUCUCCGCGGCUUUGUAUCACGACUUUGAUCCGCGUCGGUCGCCUGGUGUCGACGCUAUCGCCGAGGGCCUUGGACAAGCAGGCGCCACGUGGUAUAAGCAUCGAACGCUGCCUGCUAUGGUAGGUCAGGGAGUUCUUCGCAAACCUCGCCAGACUCCUCAAGUCAAAGCACCAGCAUCAGGAGUAGAAGCGUCCCAAAUCUCACAACACGUGGCGACUGGCCCUCGUCUGCCACAAGCGCCCGAGAUGUCUGCCGCGCCGAGCCAUUGCGAAUCAUCACUCACAGAGAGCAAAGACAAGGCCCUGGUCUGCAAUCACCAGGCCACACAAAGCGUCGCCGUAGACUUCGAAGAUCAACUUGGGAUGGGUCCCCCAGCUCAGCCGAAAAGCGCGCUCCCACCACGUACUUCGUCGCUGCCUGGAACGCCAGUCCUCGACCGCACAGCUCUUGGCUCUCCUGGCUCACCCGACAAGCCCACGUCCCCUGGCAGCCCACUCGCCCGGCCCGCAAUGCUGCUCGACCUGCAGAGCCUCGCGCCACCUUCGUUUGCAGAUAGGGUGUUGCGCAAAUCACAGGCAAGUGCAUCUCCGGCUUCCCCUAGCAUGUUUACAUCGGCAGACUCGGACUUGGGCUUUGACGAUCACAUGUCGUACUCGGCAUCCUCUUUGACCUCCUCGGCGAUGCUUUCUCCAUCCAAAUUCAAGAAGCGCUUCGUCCCAAUGACGCCAUCCGAGGGAACUGAAACCGUUCCAGGCUCUGUGGCUGCUAGCGACUUUGAGGAGGUUGGACGUGGCGAUUACAUGUCAAAGGGCAGAUCGUUCGACCGACCUGUCUAUGGUCUCGCAGCACAGCAGUUCAAACGCGCCACAUUACAUCUUGCGCCAGGUGAUCAGCAGGAGAUUCUUCAAGACAUGGACGACUCACAAGACGAGGAUGCAGGCGAUGCGGGCGAUGCCACCCUCCGUCUGGCCGAACCUAGCUCGCCAUCAAUGGCAGCGUUGGCGAUGAGUCCAGCCGAGAAGAGAUCACGUCUGUUGUCGAACGAGUACUUUGCCGCUCAUCUGGACGGUGGCCAACGUAGGCUUGAGAAGUGCAGCGACGCUGCUUCCAAAGACAGCAGCGGCCGGCCACAUGUCGCAAAGCGUGGCAAAGCGUGCGAGGACGGUGAAAAUCAUCACGACCGUCGAACAGCGCCAGAGCUGGAUCGCAAAGUGCGGCGUCUCUCAUCAGCCCUGUACGCCGAGAUGGAACGCAGGCAGAACUCGCAGUCUGGCUUCUCGCCUCGAUCGUUGAAAUCGAAUCCGCCACUUGCUCGCAUUGAUGUGCGUCAGGAGCAAACGCUUGUGUCACACGAAAGUUCGGAGCUGGUCGCUCUUCUGGCAGAUGCACUGUCCGAGUCAAUGCCGUUUAUGUCGGACGGAAAGGUGCAGGUCAAGGAACAGGCACGACGAGUCAGUGCAAUGCUACUAGCUGGAUCGGAUGCUCUUGCACUCAACCUGGCACCUGGUGCACGAGAGAGCUUAGGGUUGCAGCUAGAUGGGCUGAGUACGCCUUCGGAGCGAUCCGAGCCUGCCACACCUCAUUCUUCGGGAUCGUCUCCCACACCUCGUUCUUCAGGAGGGUUCGAUAGUGCCUCCGGACAGGUGGUGGAGGAGAAAGCCAAAGCCAAAGAAAAAGCGAACGAGGGACGUGCAAAGUAUCCCGAUAGCUUGGGUGUAUCGUGUCGACCUAGGAGAUCUGGAACACACGACUCUCGCCGUAGUCGCAAAGUGUCUGUUAACUCACAGGCUAGAUCGAUCUCGGUGUCCGCAGCACGCGCCGAGGUGUUUGCAAGCACGGAGAGCGUGAUAUCUGUUCGUGGAUCGAUACCGAACGAGGCUGGCACUAGUAACAGUGUGGGAGGUGGGGCGCCAACGGAGCAAAAGUCGACGGCGUCGUCUGGCUUUACUGAUCCAUCAAGCUCGAAUGGCAGCUCGCGGCUUGCGUCGAGCACUGCCAAUACGUCGCUGCUCCUGCUGGAUGCGAGCGAUGAGCUUGGAGCACCAAACCCCGGUGGCGACAGCGGCGCAGCAGUAGCGUCGACAAAAGCAGUCGAAACACUUCGAGAGCUGGAUCGAACGAGUCGUAGAUCAGUGCGCGCUAUCAAACGCAACCUUGUCACCAGUGCACCUGCCACUGGCAGCAGCGCGAGAACUAGUGGAUAUGGCACACGGCUGCUUUCGGGGCUAGCGUACUACAGCGGCUACUCGUGGUACUAUUCGGCGAGCGCUGCUGAAAACAACGGACGGCAGCCAAGUAGUCUGGCGGCGCUCGAUGCAGAAACGAUACGCGCAGCAGGUGCGGUGAGCAUUGGUGGUGGUGGAGGGGGAGGACUUAUUCGGCCGAUCUCGACGCGCUCCACGACGAGCACUGGACCACGUAUCCCUUCGCAACACUCGCUGGGUCGACGCAAGACACGAGCGAAUUACAAGUUGGAAAACAACGCCAAGCUGCAUCCGUUCCCGGGGUCGCUGGGUAAGCGAUCUGGCGAACGGAGCGUGGAUUCGGACACGUUGUCGAGCACGGAUGCUCGAGGCGGCUCGGAUGGUGCAGACGUUCGCCGUGUAAUGCAGCGCGCACCUUUGACGCUGCCUCCGCCGAUCACAGGCUUUGGCGUCGGGCGGAUGCGCAGGUAUGCCCCAUCGCAUCGCGCGGACAGCGCGCCAACUGCGCUCGGCUCGUCGCGCGCUUGGCACCCACACCCCACACAUCACGCACACCCUCCCGCCAUAGACGAGGCCGAACAAGACGACAGCUGGGAAGACGACGCCGUCGCACCCCCCGCAGUGGCCGCGCCACUCUGA